UCACCUUGUAAUUAAAUUACUGGAUUUUACUUAAAUUAGUAAGUAAAUAUUCUCCAGUUAUAUACUUUCGACUCAAUAAUUUAAAUUACCUUUGAAAAUGGCGCAGUGUAAUAUCCCGCUGAAAUUAUAUGAGAGACGAGCUUUCAAUGCUUGCUCGUCCAAAUGGGUUCAGUGACAUUUAAAAUAAUUCGAAGCUUGUGGGAGGAGAGGACACAUUUGUGAAAUUAGGAUUUAUAGUACUUUAUAAGUAGUACAAGUAUCAAGUUACAUGUAGGUACUGUAAAUGAAUUUAUAUAUAGAGAUAUACACGUAUUUAGGUAUGUACAUAUUUACUGAUUUUAAAAACGACUUCUUUCGUAAAAAAAGUCCGUUCGAAACCGAUUUGAUAAAUAUUAAUGCUUUUCUCUUUGUUUGCUCUUUGUUACCCUGUUCAACAACACUUGAAAAUCAGUUCAAAAGAAGAGUGUCUGGAAUUGAAUCUUAUUUACUAGUAGAAAUAUUAAACUGUAAACAUUUUUGGUUCUGUUACUCAGAAUCCAAGCAAAUUUGUAAAUAGACCCGAAUUUAAUGUGAAAUAAUUCAAGAAGCUACCAGAUUGGAGAGUCAAGUGAAAUAUUACAUGAAUAUCUAAACAGAAAUAGUAGAGCAAUGACACCUAGCGUGUAGCGUACGUUACUAUGGUUCAAAGUAUUGUAGAACAAAAUAUUCACCGGGUUAGGCAGGAGUUAGGCCCCCCAGUGAGUUUACGACAUUGACUCUGACAAAUAUUGGGUGUAUCGGUAGGUUCCGACAAGUAAACAUCACCUUACGACCCAGCUGUACGGAGACAAGCUGUCUGCUAGCCAUUCAAGUGCCAGUCAAGCAAAGCAAGAAUUUAAUAUCUGCAGAUAGGUACCUAAUAUUAAAAUAGUUUGUAAUCUUGUUCAUAGUGUUUGCAAAGUACCACUGCAGUAGUAAUAAGCGAGCAAACAAAGGUCUUUGCGAACUACUGCAGUACGUUAUGUUGAAAUUUUCGACAAUUAAGAUUUGAACUCUUUUUCAAAGUGAUGGUUUUCAAAGAUUAAGAUCAAACUUUGAUAAGUUUGCCUGAAAAAAACACAGCGAAUAAAUAAUAGGGAGACAAAAUAAAUUUAAGAUUGUGUUGUUUUCUGUAAUAUUUUAUUUUUUAUUAAUUGAAAGUGUUUAAUUGGGUAGAACUUUCUUAAUUCAUUAUCAUUGCAGCCAUUAUGUUGUGGAACUCUCUUUUUAUACUGAAGAGAGUAUUGCAUGUUACUUUCCAUUUUCGUGGAGACAACAUAAUAUUACUGUAUUAUGUGUUCAGUAAAAUAUAAUUUAAUUUAUUUUAAUUUAUAAUCAAUAAAGAAAACGCAUUACCAGAUCAUAUAAAUAAAUUAAAUGAUUAGGGCAUAGUGUGUCGGCUCUAGGGGCCUUAAUAUUGACAUAUCACGAGAUCGCGGCGCGGUGGCGCGGUGGCGCGGCGCGCGGCGUGUUGUGUAUCCAACACGACAUGGCGACACCGUGCGUUUCAGCUGAAAUAUUCGAUGGUAGAAGGGGAGGUUGUGCGAGGUCACGCCUGUGCUCGGCCGUCUCCGGUGGCGUCCGUCGCCGCUCGGCGCCCGGCCCCGACGCGCGCACAGCGACCUCUUGCGUGCGCCGCUACAGUGCCCCAUCGAGUUUACGUCCAGCGACCACGCUGCGGACUCUGCCGCUUCUCACACUGCCAACGUAUUGUUAUCUUAAUAUCGUUCCUAGGCGACUCGCCUUUAGAGAACGACGCCGCGAAUCCUAGCUAAAACGUAUAAUUGUUACACGACACACCGAAACUAACGCAUAUUCCACUAACGGGCCGUCGUACUGUAAACGAGUCGAGCGCUUAAUCGAUCGACUGCAUUAAAAAGUAAAAAAUAUUAUUAUCGUUUCUCAGUCGACCUUUGCGGAUUUUGUUGCGCUGCUAUAGGUGUUUUAUGUUUAAUCUUUACACAUACAUAAUAGUUAUACCAAAAAGUGGUCAAGUAUUGCUUAGGCUUACUAAAUAGUCAGUAAUAUCGAGUGUGGUGCCGUCCUGUGCUUAGUUCGCUCAGUGAAAAGUGCGUCAAUUGUCGAGAGGUGUAAUUCUCCCUACGUUUGAUUGCGAGCUUAGCGAUUUAUAUUGUUUCGAUUGGCUCUUGCUUUGUUUUAAUACUCUUGUGGGAAAAACGCGAUCCAUGCUUGGAGUUAUGACUACCAUGAAGAGUUCGAGGAGUCAGAAGUGUACGUGGGAAUAAAUCGAUCAUCUAUGCAAAACACGGCAAUUGCACUGCUGGAGACGGCGACGGCGUUCGAGCGGGCCGUGCUGGAAUGUGAACACCUGGAAGCGUCGGAGCACGGCGGGUUCCGGUGAGGACGUUGGCGCGUGCGCGGCAUGGAGGAGCGCGGCCCGCCGGACGCGCCGCUGCUCGCGAGCCCGCCGGCCGGCGCGGCCGCGGCGGGCGCGGCGCUCACCACCUCGCGGCGCGCCGCCUCCGCGCGCGGCUCCCGCGACGACCCGCCGCCCUCCACUUGGCGCUCCUCGGUGCGCGUGCGUGACACCGGUUUCCGCGGCUCGCGCAAGAGUGUCGUACGCCUCGAACCACCCUGUAAUGGCCUCAACGGGUUGCCUGCCAUCGGCAAGGAGGUACUGUCUCUGGGCGCGACGGGCGGCCACAAAGGAACCACGCAGCCUUCUCAUCCCUGCACUAUCCUCCACCAUUCUCCUUACAAGGCCGCUUGGGAUUGGUUGAUUCUCAUACUGGUGAUCUAUACGGCGAUAUUUACACCCUACGUGGCCGCCUUCCAACUGAAUGAGCCCGACUUCGACAAACGCUCCCGCAGCUUCGGCGAAGAUCCUAUAGUUGUCAUCGAUAUGAUCGUGGACGUGACGUUCAUAAUCGACAUCCUGAUAAACUUCCGCACCACGUACGUGAACGUGGCGGACGAGGUGGAGUCGGACCCCGCCAAGAUCGCCAUGCACUACCUGCGCGGCUGGUUCCUUAUCGAUCUCGUCGCCGCCAUCCCCUUUGAUCUCCUGCUCUUCGGAACCGACACCGACGAACAGGGGCUGGAAAGUGAUGAGACAACGACUCUCAUCGGACUGCUGAAGACGGCGCGCCUGCUGCGACUCGUACGCGUCGCACGCAAAAUUGAUCGAUACUCCGAAUACGGAACCGCCGUACUGCUUCUCCUUAUGGCCACUUUUGUACUUAUUGCUCAUUGGUUGGCCUGCUUAUGGUAUGCUAUUGGCAGUUGGGAACGGCCACAGCUUCACGCCCCUAUCGGAUGGCUGGAUGCGCUCGCUAAUGAUGUCCAAGCUUCUUAUGACAACUCCACUGGUCCAUCCAUGAGAUCUAGAUAUAUAACCGCUUUGUACUUUACGUGCACCUCGCUAACAAGCGUCGGGUUUGGGAAUGUCGCGCCCAAUACAGAUAUGGAGAAAGGUUUUACUAUAUUCGUUAUGUUGGUUGGCUCCCUCAUGUACGCCAGUAUCUUCGGUAAUGUAUCGGCUAUUAUACAAAGGCUUUAUUCGGGAACCGCUCGUUAUCAUACACAGAUAUUGAGAGUUCGAGAAUUUAUUCGAUUCCAUCAAAUAACGAACCCUCUGCGCCAAAGAUUAGAGGAGUAUUUCCAACACGCGUGGAGCUACACGAACGGCAUCGACACGUCCAGCUUACUGAAGGGUUUCCCGGAGUGCCUCCAAGCUGAUAUCUGUCUCCAUCUCAACAGGAACUUGCUUGCGAACUGCUCGGCUUUCGAUGGUGCUAGUCCAGGAUGUUUAAGAGCUUUAUCGUUGAGGUUUAAAACGACUCACGCGCCACCUGGAGAGACUCUCGUGCAUCGCGGUGAUGUCCUCACCUCCCUCUAUUUCAUAUCCCGAGGGUCUAUCGAAAUCCUGAAGGACGACAUAGUUAUGGCUAUAUUAGGCAAAGACGACAUAUUCGGUGAGAACCCGUGCAUCUACGGCACGGUGGGGCGCAGCAACUGCCGCGUGCGCGCUCUCACCUACUGCGACCUGCACCGCGUGCAUCGAGACGACCUUCUCGACGUGCUCGACUUCUAUCCCGAGUUCCGCUCCUCCUUCGUCAAUAACCUUGAAAUUACAUACAAUAUGAGAGAUGAGGAGCUGAGCGGUAUCGAGCCGAAGCGACGUAUGCGCUACGAAAACCCGUGCGACGCGCGCCUGCUACGAGAGGCGUACGCGCGCACCACGCGUAGACCGCAUACUGAGACAUUCGCCGAGAAAGUGGAUUCGCAGUGCAGCGACGACGAUACGGAAUCUCCGGCCAGCCGCGGCAUUCUGGAGUUCUCUGCGGACAAAGCGGGACAAGACGUGACGCCGCUCAACUUCAACUUCAGCAAACAGCGCUCCACCACCCUCAACUCCAUCACCGGCAUGCUAGCGCAACUUAAACGGAGCUUCCCAGACCUCUACCAUCAUAAAACACAUCAGCCACUGCACAACAAGUACUCACAAUCCACACCUCAGACAUAUAGAAGUAGAGCGGGCGCCGGGGUGAGGCGGCAGUCGUCCGUGGGCCCGCUGAACGACACGUCCCCGCUGACGGGGUGCGCGGCGGCGGGCGAGCCGGCCGUGAGCACGCCCGCGCACAGCGCCACGCUGCCCGUGUCCAGCCUCAGCACCAACCCCAGCUCGUACUACACGAACGCGUCGCCGUCGCCGCCCGCCGCGCCGCCCGCGCACCAGCACGUCUCCUGCGACGACAUCCUGGCGCCGAGCGCGCCGCAGCCCGCGCGCACGCCCUCCUGCCGCUCGGCGCCGCACUCCGCCGUCAACCUGCACCAGACCGGGACCAGCCGCCCCGCCGCACUACCUUUGGCUCAUGAUAAAGCACAAAACGCUGCAGCCGCACAGGAUAGCAUGUCACCACAGUAUCAAAACGUGGGACCCGCUGCAACAGCUGCAUCUGUGGCGACCGUACUGACUAGACUAGAAGAGUUAAGUCGGCGUGUAGCCGUGCUCGAGACUGGUCUCACCGCGGACGUGAGACGUAUUCUACAGCUGCUACAGGCACGCGAGGGCAUAGUGCAUCACAACGCGCAGCCAGUCCAUACUCCCUCGCAAGUGCUUCCUAAAGCGUCCCUCUCGGUGCCCCAGGCUAAUGAGUGGGAGUGGAACUGGAACGGUGAGCGGGAGCGCGAGCGCGGCGGCGGGCGGUACGGGCGCGGGGAGCGCGGCGAUCGCACGCCGGGCGUGCAGCGCUCGGCGUCGGAGCCGCACGCGCCGCUGCCGCCCGCACUGCCGCCGCCGCCGCACUCGCACUCGUUCUACAGGUAG